UAGGCUUCCAGCUACGUGCAAAGAACUCUUUCUCGAGGAUCCAUGGCCCAUGUCUAAUAUCCUAAACAAAUCCAUAAUUAAUCAUUUCCAUGCUCUUUUAAUGAAUAUUCAAGGUCGAUGACCAAGUAAACCCUAGCGGAGCCAAACCCUGGCUGGAAAUUCUUCCUCCCCAAGGAACUAAGACUCCUGUAUAUAUAUAUCCUAAUACGCACCCCCAACCAAUCGCAUAACAUACCAAAAUUAAUCUUUAAUUAGACUGAGUUUUCUUUAAUUUUGUCUCCUCCAUACAUCCACAUCCACAAUUUUUUGACUUAUCAAAUUCAUAGUGAUUACCGCUAUGCUGCUUUGGUGCGGUUCAUGCACUAGACGUUGCCCAACUUUUUGCCAAGAAGAUUCCGUGUCGUGUUCCAUAUGUGGUAAGGUUCUUAGCAUGUUGAGUUGGCAUAGAAGACUCGAUACAAGAAAUCCAAGAUUUAAGAGAACCUGCAGAGGUAGAAGAAAGAAGAUACAAAUAAACGAUGAUGAAUCAUGUGUUACUAAUCAAGAAGCCUCUGUAAAUAUAGAUGAAGCUUUAUCGAGUACUGCUGAAAAGCCAGUUGUUAUGGUGAAGGAUAAGGAUGAUGCUGUAUCGAGUACUGCUGAAAAGCCAGUCCUUAAAGUGAAGGAUGGUGGAGCAGAUUAGAGGUGGGAAAGGAGAAGAUGUUAAUUAUGAGCAAAAUUUGGGGCCUAAUUCUUGAUUCUCUUACUGGUUUUCAGAAGAAUUUUGAUUUGUUUAAAGAGUACGGCCGGCUUGAACAAUUCAAUUGUGGAUUAUCAUUAACCUGUUUGUUUGUUGCUUCAUUACCUUCUCAUUUUUCAGCCCUUUUUAACAGGGGAAAACAGAGACCAAUUCCCAUUGCUUCUUACUGAAAAGCUUAUGAACUGUUUGCAUCCCAAAAACUUGAAAGUAUCAAUUCCCAUUUAAAAAAAAAAAAAUUGAAGA